ACACUCUUCCUCACAACAAUUCUGCCUUAUCCGGUGACUUCUCAAGAUCCUUAGUCUCUCCAUUGGUGGAGGGGACCAACAGUUGGAUCUUAACUUUUAACACCUUCACAUAUUUGUAUAAAUAUGGUGUGUGUGUUCAUUUCUAAAGUGGUGUUUAAUAGAUUUUUGUGAUGAUGCUCUAACCUUGGGUUAAGGUAUCCUCAAAACAUGUUUCUGGGUUCCUUCAUGUGGGUUUUAAGGAAAUCCUCAGUACAAAGGUUUUCCGGGCUUGUUUGCAUGCAUCCUUAACUCUUGUAUCAGUUUCUCUUGUAUACAUACCUAAAGUGUCAUGGUGAUAUGUUGUGCAAGCUUCAGCUUGCUGUGUUUCUAGUUGACAAACCACCUCCAGUAUGGCUCUCGUUUGUUUCUUUCUAUUUAUUUAUUCUGUUAUUCUGUUUGGUUUCAAUCCCCUUUGCAGAAUGCCAGCGUGGUCUCACCUUCUAGUCGGAUGCCGGUGCCCGUUUCUGCCAAGCCGAGGCAGCAACCGAGCACCUCAGACAAAGAAAGGGCAACAAAACAGCAAAAGCUACAGGACACUCAGAGGCAGUUUCGCCAGGCUAACGGAAGUGCUAAAAGAUCAGGAGGAGAUCCCAAAUCCACUUCUCCUACCGCGCCUGCUUCUAAAAUUCCUGCUUUUUCCUCUAGCGCGGGAAAGAGCUCGGCCCAGUCUGAUACUACUAAUAUUGUACAUUCUUCCUCUCCUUUAUCUUCCUCCGUUCCUGUUAGCAAAUCUUCCAUCCCUCCUCCUCGAUCCAGCUCCGCCUCCUCCUCUCAUAUCCCCUCCUUCUCUAAUGGUUCUCUUAAAUGUGCCCCUCCCACUCACAGCACUAAAGGCCUCCCCAUGCAGACACAAAAUGGCCGCCCUUCUUCCUCUUCCUGUUCCCACUCUCCCCUGUCCCCGACUAUGUUGAGUCAGAGUACGAAGAGUAUCCGCACCAUUCACACACCCAGCUUCAACAGCUACAGUCGGCAACACAAUGGGAAUGCCGGUAAAUCAGCUAUCCCUGCGGUCGCUAAGGAUGCUGCGUAGUAUGCUUGGCUGUUCCGCUACCAUUUCGUCAUCAUCCUUAAAAGAUGUUCAGUCACUCCUGAUUUGUAUUUUUUUGUAAGUUUAUGAUUUUUAUUUGUUGAGUACUAUUGUAACAAGUAUUCAGAGUGAACUUUAUUGUUUUUGGGCAUGGUUAUGGUUAUCGCAUGUCACUAUUUGUUCAUACCACAUAUUCAUUUGCUCAGCUGUAAGACUUACUUAUUAUCUAUUUUAAAAACAUAUAAAACAGGUUGGUUUUAAGAAAGAAAAUAUAAAUCUAGUUUAACUGCAGAGAGCAGGCUCAUGAUCAAAGAUUUUAUAGAGCACUUCAUUUGAAAAUAAUAUUUAUUUUUCAUACAAGUUGAAUAGAGACUAAAAAAAAAGGAUUGACACGGUGCAAGUAUGUAAACAGUAUCUUGGUUUAUAUGUGGCCUCUAAAUGAUUGUAGAUUAUUUUCAUUUGGCCUUUUUUUAGUUGACAGACAUUGGUUAUAACCAUAACAAGUGAAUCAAGUACUGUAAGUAAACAUUAACAUUACUUGUGUUUUCUUUUUGUUAUUCUGUCAUGCACUGCCAAGAUUUAUUCAUGUAAAAUGACAACAGUUUUUCUAGUAAACAGUUGUCUGUCUUUUCAGUAGUUGUGCCUGUUUGCCAAAUUUUGUAAUUCAUACUUGACUAUGUAUACUGUGCUAGACACUAUAUGUACAUUUAGGAUAGGUUAUAAUGUACCUGGCUUAACCUACCGAUAUCAUAAACCUUUGAUUUACUCUUAAAUUAACACGCAUUUAUGUCUAAAUGUAAAUUGUACUGAUUGAUGAAACUGCUCUUUACUUUCCAUGUAAAUAUUGUAACAUCUCUAUUUCAGAGAUCGUGUUUAGUUUUGUUAACAUAUUGUACCAAAGUUUGUUUCUAUGCAUGCCUAUAAAAACCCGUAGAGAGAAAAAAUAUAACGGAAGAAAAUCAUGCUUGCACAGAUUUUGUAAAUAAAUGUUUUCUUUCUUUGUAUAGCUUUAAAUGCGGACACAAACUGUGCAAAGGAAUGUAGGUAUUGAAACAAUAAAGGUUUGCAUGAUUGUCAUUCAAAAAA